AUGGCGCCUCCGUCGACGCGGUUCCUCACCGCGUUCCACGUUGUCAACGCCGCGGUGAUCCUCUCGUACCCGUUGGUCAUCAGCGAGUGGGCGAAGACGCGGUACCCCACGAAAGCGUCCUCGCUGACGUCGUGGGAGCGACAGAGCGCCGCGGGUCUCUUAGCGAUGCUCGUGGCGCGAUUCUUUCGACGACAAAAUCUCGAUCAGUGGGUCGCGGACGGCGUCUUCCACGCGAAGGUAUCCCUCGCGGUGCUGACGUACCUCAUCGACCCGGUGCUGUGCGCGUGGUACCUCGCCAUCGUCUUCGUCAUGUUCCUGCACCUCCCCGUGCCUAAGUACGAGGGCCCGAGCGAGGUCAUCGCGUUGACGCCCGCGGCGUUUCGAAAACGCGUGCUCGAAGACUCAGGCGCGUUCUCCUCACGCCGGUCCCCAUACGACCGCGUCGGCGUGGUGAACGCCGUUCCUCAAGUACUUUAUCUCCCGGCGUCUCUCUCCGCCCAGGUCGUCGACGGCUCCACGUGGCUCGUGCACUUCCGCGCGGGGUACUCCGCGAAGAGCCGCGCGCUGGAGCCGACGUUCGCGGACCUCAGCGUGCGAUACGCGACGCCUUUGCAAAAGUUCGCGAGCGUGGACGUGGGGCGGUGGCCGAGGGAGGCGGCGGCGCGCGGCGUGGACGUGGACGCGUUCGGGAACAACUCGCAGGCGCGUCCUCCAGUCGUCACACUGGUCCCCACACGACCGCGUUCGCGUGGUGAACGCCGAUCCUUAAGGACUUUUCUUCCCAGCGGUCGUUUCUCUCCGCCCAGGGUCCCUCGCUGCUUUCAAUCCCCGCCCCGACGCCUUUCGACUCCGCCCCGACGAAACGACUCUCAGGUGCCGUCCAUCGUGAUGUAUCACGCGGGGAAGGAGACGCUGCGCGCGCCGCAGCUGUACGAGGACGGGAGCAGGGUGCUCGGCGGGGGGAGGAUGCGCGAGGUGGAUCUGCUGACCGGGUUCGAGAUCGAGAGCAGAUAUCGGCGGACGCGAGGGAAGGACGCGACGUCGAAAAAGGCGGAGUGACGACGCGAUGAGAGCGUUGUAGCAUCUGAACUGACGCGCUCACGCGCUCACGUCGGUUCAGCGU